AUGCCUCGCAGAACCCCCCGUACUUCGAUGAUCGCCCAAGUCUGUUUCACGAACUUGAUCCGACUAUUGUUGGCCAAGCACUAUGCCCACCUUAUCGCGAUAUCCUACGUAUUCUCUGUCACGUUCUGGUUGGGGACAAUACUUUCGAUCGGGUUGGAGGAAUACUGGCAAGCCCCUGUUGGUCAAAUAACCGAAGUCGAGCGGAGGAUUCUGUCCUGGCUGGUUAACGAGAUUUUAAGAACGGAUAUCUCAUUUCAGAAGACGAUGAUCACCUGCGAAUACACCCUUCCCCUCCUCACUCGCAACGUUCUCGAUUGCACCAUGUCUGACUUCGUCUCUGUCAUCGACAUGUCUUUCGACCCGCUUCUGGAACUGACUUGGGAGACUUCGCCGACUGAUUCACGCGUAAAUUCGACCCUAGGCCCGCUGCCUGCGGAUGUUCUCGACCUUAUGCUGAAAGGCUCAAAUGGAUCGUUCGGGUCCAUAGUCUCCAAAUUUAGCUGGCUCCUAUCUUGGGCCGACAAACAUGCGGCUUUUACUUGUCUCUCCGCUGUGCACAACAUUGCGUCUAUGCUCCAAUCUGACUCCUCUGGACCUGGGGCAUCGCUCCGCAGAGAAUGCUGUCGCAAGUUUCUCCGGUCGGAAGACUUUUGGAGGGGAAUGUUUCGCAUAUUGCAGAUGGGAUGCGCAGACCUAGACGACAUUCAAACCUUACAUAUCGGACUCUCUGGGCCUACCCUAAGCACGGGCGAUCGUAUGUGCAAUGCUGUCUAUGACCUGAGCCGCAUCUUUUGGAAUGAGGACGAGGUUUUAGCUACGCAGGAUGUGACUGCGGUGUCGAUUCUGAUGAAAGCGGGUCUUUUUGAGGCAAUGGAAGAGGCGCUCGCUGCCUACGGCUCUCGUCGCCUUCGUCCCCUCAACGAAACACGACCCGAAAUUUUCCUCAACAUGAUGUUGGGAAUCGUGUGGAGAUUUGCAAGGUCUGAUCCUACUAUCGUGUUGCCCGUCCUUCGCCCGCUCCUACCGAGAUCGCGCAUAUCCUAUCUACUUUUGGAGACCAUAUUCCUCCGGGAGAGUCCCCUUCCUCACUACCCCGAGUUCAAGGCCAAGAUGCCUCAUCUUCAAAUGUUGUACCGAGUUGGUGUUAGGACGGCUCUCAAUUUCUACAAUCAGCUGGAGGACUUAUGUCGCAAUGGUGAAUGCGGGAAGCGUGGCGCGGACUGUCAGAAACUCGAUUGGCCUGAGCACAAGCUGAUAUGCGGUUACAAGAACGAAGACCCAACUCCUAUGGGAGGUAUCAAGGGUGGGAUUGUCCUGCCAUUCAGCCUGAGGAAGAAGGUUGAGAAUUCGAAUGGUAGAGCGGCGUAG